AUGACGGAUAAAACAUUACCAGAAAGAUUGAAUUCUGCCAGAAAAACAUGGGAAUAUAAUCAUAAUGGUUUUAAAUACACUCUGUGGAAUGCAUCAAUGGUUGAGGAACUUCUAGAGGAGCGGUAUCCGCAGUUACGGGAUUUAUACCACAGUUACGAUCACUGGGUUCGACGUGCAGACAUGGCGAGGUACAUUGUGCUGUACGAGUAUGGUGGAAUUUAUGUUGACCUAGACAUUAAAUCAACUGGAAAACAGCUUAAUGACUUAUAUAAAACAUUCAAGAGUACAACGGACAUUGUUUUGUAUCUAACAAGCCCGCCGGUUGUGUCUAAUGAUUUUAUGAUAGCAAAACCGAAACAUCCUUUUAUGAAACAUGUAGUUUGUGGUCUGGAGUCAGCGAACCGUUGGUAUGUGCUACCGUAUGUAACAACCAUGUAUACAACUGGACCAAUGUUUCUCAAUGCACAGUAUAAGUCUUACAGCGAAAAACAAGAAAUACAUUUACUGGAAGAACCGGUUAUGAGGAAAUUUGUUCGUCACAUGACCGGCUCAUCCUGGCACCAGUGGGAUGGUGUAGUUAUAUGGUGGACAUUUUCUCACCUAAAACAAGUUAUCUCAGGAAUUUUACUAGUUGUGAUAUUACUCGGUAUUAUUUUGUUGUUUAUUCGUAAACGAAUGUGUCAGCGAAUCAAUUGUGCACAAGGAAGAUAUUGUACUAAAUGA